AUGAAGGUCUUGAAAGUCGACAAUUUGAUCUGUGGUGGAGGUAUGGCCGGUAUGGCAUGCGCUGCAUUUGCAGCGGAGGCUGGAGCCAAGACCCUAGUCGUUGAAAGACAAGUAAAAACUGAGGUCUUGGGUACCACACGACGAUCCGGCUUUUGCAAUGGGCAUGGUAUCAAGGGUGCUAUCAUUUGUCGAUAUACUCCAGAUUCUCCACCUAUUUAUUACAAUGCCGUCGUUUUGGCGACCGGAGAUUUCCAAGGAUCUUCGCGGCUGAGAGCCCUGUACCUUGGGGAAGGAGGCGAUAACGUUUUCCUGCAUCGCAAUCAGGGAUCCGUAGGAGACGGCCUCAGUCUGGCUACAGACGUUGGGGCUGGUACCAGCAGAGACAUGAAUACCUAUUACGGGAAUCUCCUGGCGGCUCCCUUUCCAACAGAAGAUGUAAGUCCCAAAGACUUUCUUACGCUGGCUCAGUAUCGUGCGUUCACCAUGUACACAUUUUCCAAUUGA